AUGGUUGUCGAUACCGCAUACUACGACACUCUCGGUGUCCAACCCACCGCCACAGACAUCGAGAUCAAGAAGGCCUACCGGAAGCUGGCCAUCAUCCAUCACCCGGACAAGAACCCCAACGACCCCUCCGCUCACGAAAAGUUCCAAGAGAUUGGCGAAGCCUACCAAGUCCUCUCGGACAAGGACCUCCGAGCAGCCUACGACAAGUAUGGAAAGGACAGCGCGAAGCCUUCUGAGGGCUUCGCCGACCCGGCCGAGUUCUUCAGCUCCAUCUUUGGCGGCGACGCUUUUGUCGACUGGAUCGGUGAGAUCAGUUUGAUGAAGGAUCUGACGGCGACCAUGGACAUCACCAUGCAAGAGGGAGAGGAGGGAGCCGAGGGCGCUGAGGCUGCCGACGGCGAGUUCCCCGGUACCGAGGAGGCCAAGAAGGAGAGCAUGAAGGCCUCUGGCGAAGCAGACAAGACUGGUGCGGCUGCCGCCGCUCCCCCGCCAACUGUCGUUGUCGAAGAUGAGAAGGAAGCCCACAAGGCGCAUGAUUCCGCCGCUACCGGCACAGCCAAUGCGCCUGCACCAUCCGCUGCCGAAGCCAGAACACCGUCGCCGAGCCCGUCGGGUACCUCAAAGCGCACCCAGAUCCCUCUCCGGCCCGCGCUUAUGGACAGGCCCUCGGACGAAGUCGCAGGCCAGCCUGAGUCGGAGGAGUCGCUGCGGAAGAAGGAGAAGAAGAAGGGCAGCUUGACAAAGGAGCAGCGUGACCAGCUCGCCGCUUACGACAAGGAGCGCGCCCGCGUCCGCCAGGAGCGUGUCGAUACUCUCGCCCGCAAGCUCCUCGACAGAAUAAGCGUGUGGACCGAGACCGACAAGGGCUCUGACGUCACGAAGGCCUUCCAGGAGAAGACUCGUCUCGAGGUGGAGAAUAUGAAGAUGGAGUCUUUUGGUCUGGACAUCCUCCACGCCAUCGGCCAGACGUACUUGGCCAAGGCCACGGCGUUGCUGCGGAGUCAGAAGUUCCUGGGCAUCGGCGGUUUCUUCAGCCGCGUCAAGGACAAGGGCACGAUCGUGAAGGAGACGUGGAACACCAUCAGCUCUGCCAUCGACGCACAGCAGACCAUUGAGGAGAUGGCGCGCAUGGAGGAGAAGGGCGGCGAGGAGUGGUCCGAGGACCGCAAGGCCGAGUACGAGCGCCGCGUCACAGGCAAGAUCCUCACUGCCGCAUGGCGUGGCUCCAAGUUCGAGAUUCAGAGUGUGCUGCGUGAGGUGUGCGACUCUGUCCUGAACGACAAGAAGGUGCCCCUAGCCAAGAGACUCGAGCGCGCAGAGGCGUUAGUCAUCAUCGGCGACAUCUUCUCCAAGGCUGCGAGGUCCCCUGAGGAAGAGGGCGACUACCUUGUCUUUGAGCAGCUUGUCGCGGAGGCAGCUCUCAAGAAGGAUAAGGAGUCCAAGAAGAAGGGCAAGAAGCACCACCCGUCAGCAGAGGUGGCCGAUGAUGCGCCCAACGUCCCCAAGCCCGAGAAGGCAUAA